AUGUGGAAACUUGAGGUAGCUGAUGGUGAUGGCCCGUGGUUGUUUAGCACCAAUAAUUUUGUUGGUAGACAGAUAUGGAAAUUUAAACCGCAUGUUGGGACACCGGAAGAACAUGCACGAGUUGAGAUAGCAAGAGAACAGUUUCGAUCUAAUCGAUCUCGUUGCAAAGCAAGCAGUGAUGUUCUUAAGAAUUUCCAGCUUAUCCAAGAAAACCAAAUUGAUCUAAGCAUUCCACCAGUGAGGUUAGGAGACGGCGAAGAAAUAACAGUUGAAAAGGCUGAAACUGCUUUGAGGAAAGCUCUUCGAUUCACUUCAGCAAUCCAAGCAAGUGAUGGACAUUGGCCUGCUGAAUUUUCUGGCCCUUUAUUUUUAACGCCUCCCUUGAUCAUGGUCGUCUACCUCAGUGGAAGCCUUAAUACCGUCCUAUCAUCAGAUCACAAGAAGGAAAUUAUUCGUUAUAUCUACAAUCAUCAAAAUGAAGAUGGUGGAUGGGGAUUCCAUGUUGAGGGCCAUAGCACAAUGAUGGGCACGGCACUUAAUUAUGUUGCCCUGCGUCUACUCGGAGAAGGACCUGAAGGAGGCAGAGAUGGGGCUCUCACAAAGGCCCGCAAAUGGAUACUUGAUCACGGGGGAGUCACAAUGCUACCUUCCUGGGGGAAGCUUUAUCUUUCGGUACUUGGAACGUACGAGUGGUCAGGCUGCAACCCAGUGCCUCCAGAAUUUUUGCUAUUCCCUUCCUUUCUUCCUUUUAGUCCAGGGAAGCUGUGGUGUCAUUUGCGCACAGUGUACACACCCAUGGCUUAUUUAUAUGGCAGGAAAUUCGUCGGACCGAUAACCGAUCUCAUCUUGCAACUGAGAGAUGAACUUUAUAAUCAACCUUAUGAAGAAGUAGAUUGGAAUAAAGCACGCCAUUUAUGCUUAAAGGAGGAUCUUUACACCUCUCCUUCUCUUGCAAAAAAUCUGAUUUUUGAUGGUGUUCAUUACUUGGGUGAGAGGGUUCUUAGACAUUGGCCCUUCUCCAAGUUACGAGAGCAAGCUCUACAAGAAGCAAUGAAGCUUAUUCACUAUGAAGAUGAAAAUACUAGAUACAUGACUCAUGCUAGUAUUGAAAAGUCCUUGAACAUGAUGGCUUGCUGGGCAGAAGACCCGACUUCAGAUGCGUUCAAAUUUCACCUUGCUAGAGUUCCUGAUGUUCUAUGGCUUGCAGAAGAUGGAAUGAAAAUGCAGAGUAUUGGCAGUCAGUUGUGGGAUGCAGCUUUUGCUACUCAAGCUGUUAUCGCAAGCAAGCUUGUUGAUGAAUACGGGUCUACUCUGAGAAGAGCACAUGAGUUCCUGAAACAGUCACAGAUUCAAGCAAAUGCUUCUGGGGACUUCGGGAGGAUGCAUCGUCACAUUUCCAAAGGGGCAUGGACUCUCUCCAUCAAAGAUCAUGGCUGGCAAGUCUCGGAUUGCACUGCUGAAGCGCUAAGGGCUUUGCUCUUACUUUCACAAAUGCCAACAGAAAUUGUUGGUGAAACAAUUGACACAGAAAGAUUAUAUAAUGCUAUAGAUUUCCUCCUAUCUUUACAAAGCAAAAAUGGUGGUUUUUCUGUUUGGGAGCCAGCAAGAGGGCAGAGAUGGUUGGAGGUGCUAAAUCCCACUGAAGCUUUUGGUGAUAUGAUGGUUGAAACCGAGUAUGUUGAAUGCACGGCAUCUGCCAUCCAGGCUCUUGUAUUGUUCAAACGCUUGCAUCCAGGAUACCAAAGCAAAGAAAUAGAAGCUUCUGUGGCCAAGGCAUCAAGUUAUAUUGAAGAUGCACAGAUGAGCGAUGGUUCUUGGUAUGGAAAUUGGGGGAUUUGCUACACAUAUGGAACAUACUUUGCAUUAAAAGGGCUAGCUUCUGUUGGAAAGACAUACCGAAACAGCACGAAGGUUCGGAAAGCUUGUGAAUUUCUGCUGUCAAAACAACACAACUCAGGAGGAUGGGGAGAGAGCUAUCUUUCCUGUGCCAACUCGGAGUACACAGAGAUAGAAGGAAACAAAUCAAAUGUGGUACAAACAGCAUGGGCAAUGAUGGGUCUUAUUCAUGCAGGACAGGCAAGUGAUCCGGCUCCUUUACAUCAAGCAGCAAGGCUGCUUAUCAACUCACAGAUGGAGAAUGGUGAAUUUCCUCAACAGCAAAUCACUGGGGCCUCCUUGAAGACUUGCAUGCUACAUUAUGCUUCAUUUAAGAAUAUAUUUCCUCUAUGGGCUCUUGGAGAAUAUCGGAGGUGUGUGCCCCUGAGAAAGCUUUAAUAAGCUCCAUUUUUAUGGGCUCUUGGAAUGCUUGGCAGAGGAAUACUGUUACAUUUAAUUCAAGACUUCUGUAUGGCAAAGCAUUUACUUACUUCAGAGUGUAUCUUACAUUAAAAUUAAAUUAAAUAUGUACUGCAUUUUCAAAAUAAAUAAAUAAAUGUAUAUCCCAAGCAUAUACAUCGUGUUUA